AUGACGCGGAGCUGUUCCGCGCUGGGCUGCACCGCACGCGACAGCGCGCGGAGCCGCGAGCGCGGCGUCUCCUUCCACCAGUUCCCGGUGGACGCCGCGCAGCGCCGCGCGUGGAUCCGCGCCGUGAACCGCGUGGACCCGCAGAGCCGGCGGCCGUGGCGGCCCGGCCCCGGCGCCAUCCUCUGCUCCCGACACUUCGCCGAGGGGGACUUCGAGCGCUUCGGGCUGCGGCGGAAGCUGCGGCGGGGGGCCGUGCCCUCCCGCUUCCUGCCCCCGGAGCCGCCGGGCGCCGGCCGGAGGAGGAAGAGGAGCAGGACCCGCGUGCGGGCGCUGAAGCAGCCGCUGCGCGGCCCCCCCGGCGGGGACCACAACUACAGCCUGCGGGGCCGCCCCACGGACACCCCGCGCACCGUGGCGAGCCUCCUCAGGAUGCUGGUGAAGAAGCGGCAGCUUCCUGAGGAAAUCGUGAGUUUGCUGCGGGCGCAGUUUUCAGAUUUGCCUUUUGAGCUGCACAGCUGGAGGCAGAUGGCAGAAUACUCACCAGAAAUGAGGCAAUUUGCCUGCAUUCUCCACCUCUACCAUAUUAAGGCCUAUGAUUAUCUGCGGAAGAUUUUUCCCCUCCCUCAUCCCUGCAGCCUGACAAAUUGGCUGUCUAAUAACGAGGCUGCUGCAGGCUUCAGCAAUGACAUUUUUCUCCGGCUUCAGGAAAAGGUGGAGAGAGGGGAUCAGGCCUACUGCUACUGUGCUGUGAUGGUACAAGACAUGUCCCUGCAGAAGCAGCAGGAGUGGGACCCACAGACCAGGCGCCUGACAGGCUUUGUUGACCUGGGAGCAGGCAUCCUUGAUGCUGAUGAGGCUCCGCUGGCCUCGGAAGCAAUAAUCCUCAUGGCAGUCGGCAUCUCCAGUCCCUGGACAGCUCCACUGGGCUACUUCUUUGUGAACAGCAUGACCGGCCGCUUGCUUGCUCAGCUCUUUCAUCAGACCAUCAGUAAGCUGAAUAACAUUGGGAUCACGGUCCUGGCUGUGACAUCAGGUGCCUCUGCUCGCGGUGCUGAGACCGCCAGAGCUUUGGGGAUCAGGAUGGAUCCCGAAAGGAUUCGGUGCACUUUCCAUCAUCCGCCUGGUUCUGCUCACAGCAUCACAUACUUCUUUGAUGUUUGUCACGCGCUUCAGCUGAUAAGGAAUGCUCUGCAGUGCUUCCAGAAAGUAGAGUGGCUCAGUGACACCAUGUGGUGGCAGCAUGUGGUGGAGCUGGCAGCUCUGCGGGAGCAGAGGGUGUUGGAGCCAUGCAGUCCCAGCUCAGGCAGAUCUGGGAGCAAAGAGAGUUACCAUCUGAAGGUCAACUUUGCUACACUGUUGUUCAGCGAAGGUGUUGCCGAUGCCCUAGAACACCUCCAGAAGCUGGGCCUGGCCUCAUUUCAGAACUGCAGUGGCACUGUCAAGUUUGUGCGUUUGAUGAGCUCUCUGUGCGAUGUAUUUUGUGGCAGAGGUCCCUAUGGAAAGGGACUGAAGGUGCCUUUGCUGGCUGGAAAUUACACCAAAAUAAGCAACCUCUUCAAUGAGGCCAAGAGCUUCUUUGUCACCUUAACAGACUCUGUGGGGAGAUACAUUAUUAAGAGCAAACGCAAACUAGGAUUUCUGAGUCUCUUGCUCAAUGCUGAAAGCCUGAAGUGGCUUUACUCCAACUACAUGUGUCCGGAAGGCACUCCUUCCCACCACCUCCAGACCUACGCCUUCAGCCUGGACCCACUGGAGCUGUUUCUCAGGGCCCUCCAGCAGGCCUGUGGCACCAGUGGGAGCCCCACCUGCACUGUGUUCCAGGCUGCUUAUCACAAACUGCUGGCCAGCUGCAGCCUGUCACCAGGCUCACCACACAGCAGUGGCUCAGGCAACGUGAGCUCCUUGGACGUAUCCCUGUCUCAUAGCAGAGAUCUGACCCUGGGCAGCAUUCGUGCUCAGUAUAACCCAGCUCGUGGGAGGGCACUGGCAACAGAGUACCCCUUCUGCGCAGGCCUCCUUUUGCACAGCUCCGCGCUGAGUAACGCGCUGACGGACCUGUCCCUCCACGCGUGGAGCGUCACCUGCGCCGCCGGCUUCGUGGCUGAGCAGUUGGCCUGGGACUUGCAAUGCGAGGCUUGUCUCGCUUCCCUCUUUGACUCAGAUGAGAGCAGGCUGAGGUGCAGGUCAGUGCUCUACGUAAAAAAGUCAGGCAGAGUGAGUCUGCCCUCGGCAAGCGUGCACUGCAUAGCAAGCAUUUCGGAACGAGUCCUAAAGCGGUACGGCAACGUAGGGGAUGGCAACAAAAAUACCAAGCUGUGGCAUUCGUCUCUAGAACAGAAAGUCUUCCAGGAGCUUCUGGGAGAAAGGCCCCUCUUCCCCACCCUCACAAACCAUUUAUUUGAUGGGGAGUUGAGCAUCAACAACCACUACACAGUUUUACUAAAGAAAAUAACAAGAUGUUACUUAAACAUGAGAACAAACCCUGCACAACACCUGAACUUGAAAUACCCUUGUGGAAGGCACAGAUUGAAAAGACAUUUAUUUCCAUCACCACUGGGUAGCUGUCAGUCAAGCUGUACUCAUGUGGCAUCAUGACUACUCUGCUGUUCCAAGGAUGGCUGUGCCCUGCUGAGGGGCUCAGUGAUGGCUGGAUCUGGGCAACACGUGUCUUCCCAUGAUUCGGCCACCAAAACUGGUAUUAAGCAGUGAUGCGCUGGGCCACGGCAAAGCACCCGAUCGGAGUCUGACUAAGCAAAUCAAGGAGGUUUAUCUGAUCCUGCAAAGUAGCCACACACUUCAUGAAACUUGUGUGGCAGGUCAGGAUGAGCAAUGGUUGCUUGAGGUGCCUGGGACAGUGGUAGGAGACACUGCAGUGUCCCCUGGAGGUGCUGGGUGGCUUCAUGCUGUGAGCGCUUUUGCCAGGAGAAAACUGAUGCAUAUUCCAUGUGGCUGGGAGAGAUCACGUGUGCUGGCAAUUUGAUUUCACCAAAACAGAUCUGCUUUAUGAAAGCCACAGGCAAGAAAGCUUGAAGAGCUUUUACCUUAAAAGCAAAAUAAAGAUGUGAAAAGAAAGUGGCACUCAAGUUGUACCUGGGUGUGCUGUAGCAGGGCGAGUGUUUCAGGUCCCAUUUCGUGGCCCCAUCAGCUCACCUACACAAACUCAACUUUGUGUCCUGCAGCCCAGGGCACAAGGGAGUCUCCUUUUGAUGUUUCCACUGAUGACUUGAGUCAUAGCUUUGAUGCCAUCAAGUAGGACAGGCUUUUUCAGUUAAUUAAUUUCCAUGGCAAUUGAAACUGCCUCCAGCGCUUUACCAGGAAUAACAAAGUUUGGCAUGACUGCUACUAAAUGGCAUCCCUUUACCGUGCAGAACAGCAGUUGCAUCCAUAGAGACAGAAGGCAACUAAUUCCCACCAAACUUGCUGUUCAGUUACUUUCAAGCUUCAUGAUGGAGAUGGGAUGAAAAAUGGUGAUCCACCACGUCCUAGGGCAGGAAUAAUAAUUAAAGGUGCCAUUCUGCCUACCAGUGACUUGACAAAACUGUCCCUGGUUGGUUCGGGUUCUUCCUCCUCUCUUUAGUCCUAAUCACACCGUGGGAGCAGAACUGCUGCACUCAAUUCCUCAAGCUCUGGUUUGAGAGCUGCAGCACCACAGAACUUCACGCAAUCACUGCUGGGAGGAACAAUCCAAAACCUUUAGACUGUUUUUUUUCCACUCCAAUUACCUAUGCAAAAAGCUGUGUUGAAGCCAUCACUGUCAUGGAGCCAAUUCCAGCUACAACAUACUUUGCAGAAAACUAUUUCCCUUCAAUAUAUAUAUAUACAUGAUUUUUAGGACAAGUGGAAAAAUGCUGCCAAAAUCCCAGUGCUAGAUUGGUUGCAAUCAUAUAUUGUUGUAACACUCAGAUUGCCUACACCUCCAGCCCCAAUAUGAGUAGUUAUGGACUGGGAUUGCUGUGCAUGACAAUACACCAGUAACCAAGGGAUAUUUAUCUCUAGUAGAAUUUGGUCUCAUACUGAAAAUGCAAGUCAGUACUUGCAUCAGAAGUGGACCUAGUAUUAACCAUUUAUUUUGAUAUUUCAGUGAAAAACCUUGCGUAUUUGUCAGUGCUGAAGAAAAGGAGUGCGAAAAAAAUCGUAUUUACAG